UGAUAUUUGACAGGCGGACCGGAAGCUCAGCGUCGAACGGGAUGUUUUGCUAAAUACUUGCUAACAAGCUCAUUUUUUUUCUCUCGCUUUAUUCCUAACAUCUCUCUGACUUUUCUGUGUACAGUUCGGUUGUGUUUGUGACUAUCUUUUGAUAAACGCUGAUUUAAAACGCCCGAAAAUGAACGGGAGCGUGAAUCCGCUGCUGGACAAAGAGGAGCAUGUUUUGAAGCUCGGCGAAAGCUUCGAAAAACAGCCAAACUCUUCCUUUCACACCAUCAGAUAUGACUUCAAACCAGCGUCUAUUGAUACAAGUUGUGAGGGAGAGUUACAAGUUGGGAAAGGAGAUGAAGUUACCAUAACGCUGCCUCACAUUCCAGGCUCCACACCUCCCAUGACAGUAUUCAAAGGAAACAAGAGACCAUAUCAGAAGGACUGUGUGCUCAUCAUUAAUCAUGACACAGGUGAAUUUGUGCUCGAGAAGCUCAGCAGCAACAUACAGGUGAAGAAAACCAGGGCAGAGGGCAGUAGUAAGAUCCAGGCUCGGAUUGAGCAGCAGGCGGUCCGGUCCAGCCAGUCCAACUCUCAGUUCCGAACCCCCACCAAGCAUGGAGCUGGGGUCAAGACUUCCCCUUCUCUUUCUAAAGAUAACCCCUCACCAGAGCCCCAGCUCGACGACAUCAAGAGAGAGCUACGAGCAGAGGUGGAGAUGAUAGCGCAGAUGAGCAGCAGCGGCAGCAGUAGCUCCUCUGACUCUGCAAGUGCCUCAGGGAGUGGUGGCGACAGUUCCAGUAGUGAUGAUGAACACCGUGCUCCCCAUCCACACAGCCAAACCUCCCCUAACCACCAACCCACAGCCAAUGGAGGGGCUGAUCGUCCACAGGGAAACAACCAGCUCAUGAACACACUCCGAAACGACCUACAGCUGAGUGAAUCGGGCAGCGACAGUGAUGAUGACUAAACUUGCUGCUGGUCAGUCUCCGUCUCUCCCCAUUUCUUUUUUUCUGGCUGGUUUCUGUUUGCUUUUGCUGUGAUAUCUGACCCCACCUGAAUGUCUUGAUUUUACUGUAAUUUUUAUUAUUUCCAUAAAACUAGCCAGACUUGGCAUUUUAAGAGUUUAUUUUUUAUUAAAUAUAUAUAUUUUUGUUUUGUAUAGCAACACUUUAGAAAGAGAAGCUUAGAGUUUACAGGGUAUAUUUAGAGUAUAUUUUAGAGGUAAGACAUUUAUUUCUGAGUACACAUACAUAUUUUCUGUAAUUGUGUAGAUUUUAGAUUUUGUAGUAUUUGUUUUUGGUUGUGUUUUAGAUGAUGGAAAUAUUGAAGAUCAAGAUUGUUUUGACAUGUCUUUAUCCUCUGCCCUGGUAUUUCUUUAUGACAAAAAAAAAAAAAAAAUGAGAAGACAGUUUGGCAGUUUUAGGGCUCUAUCUUAAAAAUUUAUGUCAGUCUAAAGCUCAUAGCAUGAGAGAGUGCAUUUGGGAUGUGCCAAACUCCAUUUGGCUAUUGGCACAGUGUGUAAUCAGGGUACAGAAGAGUUGUACUUAAUCAUGUAAUUAGACGUGACUGUGUUUCAGCUGCAACAUGAAUUAAAUCUAAAAGAUCGUCAUCCAUCUUCCCUUAACGUGUCUUGCCAUGUGAUUGAACCGGGCACAUUGCUAUUUAGAUAGAAAAGUCAAAAGGGUGGGUGCUACAGUCAUCCACCACAGGUCCCUGAGGUGAAGCAUUUGAGUGCUAGUGCCUUCUUCUUCAAACAAUAAUUUCCCAUCAUGCGCAAAGGGAGUAAACCAACAUACUCUUCAAAUGCACUUUGCAGUGCAGUAUUCGUAUUUGGUUCUGUGGUAGUUCAGUAACACCAAUGCACAUCUCUGUGUGUACAAGCAGAGUUUACAUGCAUUGUGAACCCACCUACAUAAGGUGUAUCCAAAUACUGCACUAUAUAAAUUGCAUUAAAAUUUUGCAUUGGGUGUAAGAUAGGGCCCCAAGUCAGUAAGAGGAGUAUGUUUUGAAAAUAUUCAAAACCUCAGGAUUUGAUACAUGGUUCACAACCUCAUGUCAAAGCAUUAAUCACAGGAUUGGCUUUUAUUUUGAAUUCAUGUUAACACCUGGAGUAAGUGCUUUGACCACUAAGUUGUGCACUAACCAGUUUUUUGUUGGUUUUUUUUUUUAAUUUGUGAAUAAAUAUAAAUGGAUAAACACUC